AUGACCUCCACAGAGAAUGAGCCUGUUUCCGAUACGAAAACAACAAUUGGAACCAAAGUACUCAAAGCAGUCACUGGAGCAACACAAAACUUUAAACCUUUGUCGAAUAUUCAUGAGCACGUAUGCGGGUUUCACUUCUAUGCUCAUGACAUGACACGACAACUUGAAGUGCACCAUUACUGUUCACAUCUUAAUAACGAUGUUCGUCAAUGCGUACUCUAUGAUUCGAACGAAGCGAAUGCUCGAUUGAUUGGAGUAGAAUACAUCAUUUCCCCUAAAUUGUUUAUGGGCCUUCCUGAAGACGAGAAAAAGUACUGGCAUUCGCACGUCUAUGAAGUGAAAUCUGGCCUGUUGACCGCUCCAAUGGCUUCCGCGAUCCCGAAAAGUGCCGCGGAACAAGCCGAAAAUAAAAUUAUGGAAGAUUUAAUCGACACCUACGGAAAGACUUGGUUUUUCUGGCAAGUUGAUCGUGGUGACCCAUUACCAUACGGGCCACCUCAACUCGUGAUGGUGCCACUAGAUGAUAGUCAAGUCGACAUGAGCAAAGUUCUGGCACGCGACGAGAAAUUCAAAGUUUCUACUGCAGAUAAACGUAAAGUACGCGAAAAAAUCUUUCCAAAAUACAAGUUAGAUCCGGCUGCGGAUCAUUGGGCAACUCGAGCAGACGGGCAAGCGUACCAAACUGAUGUGGUGCUUGUUCCACAAAAGAAAAAGACUUGA